GGGAAUAAGAUAUGGAAUAUCCCAUUAGAGCAUUAGAUUAUUGACAAGGUGGGUACGUAGGCUCAAUUGCCAGCCGCUGUUUGGGAAAGGAGCACAUGUUCCUCCCCACGAGAGAGUGAUGGAAAUCGAACCUAUAAAGGUGGUGUGCUAGCAAAUCUUUUCUGUUCAUGAAAUUAUAAAUCCCCAGGAUACUUUUCUCCCAAACUGUCACAAUUUUAACCCCUUUCCCAAACAAUUUUCUCCGAAUCAGUUUCACAUUAUAUGUGAAUUGGUGAAUUGUGGAAGGAUGCCCCAUCACUUUCUCUGGGUCCGUGAUCUGUCUCUUCCAGCAGGUGGCAAGAAUGAAAGGACUUCAAACUGAGAUGGAAAAAAGCUUAGUUGUUCACUAAAAUUUAAACAUAUAUUUUCAUCAGAUUUUCUGGAUGAAUUAUAUAAAGCUUAUAAAGAACUCUGCCUGAGAUGGGCAAAGGGGGCAAGUUAGCUUGAUCAUGCAUAAUAUACAACUUAAUGGCUUGAAACUUCUCAGAAAUAUGGCUUCCAACACUGCUGUUGAAAUAAGCCUUAAAGAUGUUCAAGAAGCUGCAAAAAGAAUUGAGCCUCACAUACACAGAACACCUGUUAUGACGUCCUCAACUUUAGACAGCAUGGCAGGUAGAGCACUUCAUUUCAAGUGUGAAAUAUUCCAAAAAAUCGGAGCCUUCAAGAUCAGAGGAGCAAUGAAUGCCGUUCUUCAAUUGCUAAACUCCCUGCCUGCUGAUCAGAAACCUGUGCUUGUCACUCACAGCAGUGGUAACCAUGCUCAAGCUAUUGCACUGUCAGCAAAAAUCAUGGGUCUGAAGGCUUCCAUUGCCAUGCCUAGAAAUGCACCACUAGUCAAGAAGGCGGCUGUUAGAGACUACGGAGCAACUAUUGUUGACUGCGGUGUGUCAGGAGAGGAGAGAGAAUCAACAUCUCAGAAGAUCCUCAAGGAGACAAGCAAUUCAUAUCUUAUUCCUCCAUUUGAUCACCCUGACAUCAUAGCUGGCCAGGGUUCUAUUGGUCUGGAAUUGCUGGAACAGGUCCCAAACUUGGAUGCCGUAGUAGUCCCUAUUGGUGGUGGUGGUAUGCUGAGUGGAAUCUGUAUCGCACUCAAAUCGCUCAAACCUGAUAUCAAGAUUUAUGCUGCAGAGCCUCUUAAUGCCAAUGACUGUGCAAAGUCAUUUGCUGCCAGAGAGAGAAUUCCUUUACCAGGGCCUCCAUCCACCAUAGCUGAUGGCUUAAGGACUAGUGUGGGCCAUAUAACCUGGCCAAUCAUAAGGGACAAUGUAACUGACGUCAUAACAGUUACAGAAGAAGAAAUUAUAUCUGCAAUGAGGGUGGUCUGGGAACGAAUGAAACUGUUAAUUGAGCCCUCUGCAGCUGUAGGUGUGGCAGCGGUAUUGUCAGAGAGAUUCAAAGCUCUUCCUGGUCUGCAGAACGUGGGUGUUGUUUUGUGCGGUGGAAACGUGGACCUUGAUAAUCUACCCUGGAAAAAGUAACAAUUAUUAAAUAUAGCUGGAGUGAAUAACUAGCGUGUGCAAAGGUCUUCUUGUGAUUUAACAAAAAUGCUGACCAGAAUUAUAAAUAACUCUAAACAUAAAGCACCUUCAGGCCCUAUUUUUAAAGAACUUUCCAUACUAAAAUUUCUUGACAUUCGUUUCUUAGAGUUGAUAAGUUGAUAAACCUCUCCACCGAAGGUUUUAGUCACCGUUUUUCGCUUAUUGACAACUCUGUUUGUAAGACAUAAGACAAGAAAUGCGAAACGCAAGAAAUGUUCAUGCUUUUAACCUGCUCUACCAUAGAAUCAAUGCAGACUUUUUCGAGAUAUCAAGGUGUUUUAACUCUCCAACUGACGAUAUUGUUUGUUACGAGUCAGUUUCUCUAACCCCCAUCCAAACAUAACUUUUGAGACAAAGACAACACAUUUUAAGAUAUCUCUGAUUUUCUGUAACAGUCUGUAGACUUGCCUAAAAUUCUUGAUAUCUAAUAUUUAUUUCCAUUCGUUUAUAGUUUGAAAUUGCCAGUUUCUAAACACAAUCAAACAAGUCUUGUUAACUAGUCUAAAUCACUUAUAUUACGGUUACCACAAAGCCUAAAUUACAAGCAUUAUUUUCAUUUGGCCUUCAUUGCCACCUGUUUUUAAAUUCUUUAAUAUAUCAUUUUUCU